CGUGAGAUUAUAAAAGCAAGUGCUGAGAGGCUGAGCGGGCUGCAGACAGUUUCGCAAAGACAUCUGCCCAUUGGCACGACUCCGCCGAGGCCUUGUAGCUGCCUUGACGCCAGAAAAAGGACUGGCAGCCGCAGCUGCUGCUGCUGCCGCCGCCGCCGCCGCCGCCCCUCUGCCUCCUCUUUGGUUUAGCUCCCAGCAGCCGCCUCCAUCGCUCCCAACCGCCCCCCGCCACCAUGUUUUAUUUCCACUGUCCCCCGCAGCUGGAGGGUGCCACGCCCUUUGGAGGCCCUUCCACGGCAGACUUCGAUGACGGCUUCUUGCGGCGGAAGCAGCGACGAAACCGAACCACCUUUACCCUGCAGCAGCCCGCACCCUCUCGCCCCGCCCUCCCCUCGCUGAUGCAGGUUCUCGUUUUUAAACAGUUGGAAGCCCUGGAAGCCGUUUUCGCCCAGACCCACUACCCAGACGUGUUCACCAGGGAAGAGCUGGCCAUGAAGAUCAACCUCACGGAAGCGCGCGUCCAGGUCUGGUUCCAAAACAGAAGGGCUAAAUGGAGAAAAACGGAGAGAGGUGCUUCAGACCAGGAAGGAUCAAAAGAGACAAUGGUUGAGGUGACACCCCAAGGAAGGAAUUUAAACUCUCCUUCUUCAGUUGACCAAACCAGGAAUAAGAAGGAGAAUCUGGAGAUUCAGCAGAGCCUCAGCAGAGCAGUUGGCCCUUCUGGACCCUUUUUCCCUUCAUGUCUACCAGGGACUCUCCUCAACACAGCCACCUAUGCCCAGGCUUUAUCACAAGUUGCAUCCCUCAAAGGUAGCCCGCUAUGCUCUUGCUGUGUUCCUGACCACAUGGGUCUCUCCUUCCUUCCCACAUAUGGCUGCCAGAGUAAUCGCACGGCAAGUGUGGCAGCCCUGCGCAUGAAAGCACGGGAGCACUCUGAAGCUGUGCUGCAGUCAGCUAACCUUCUGGCCUCCAGUAGCCCCUCCCCUGCUUUGGGUGCCAAGCCUGGCUCAGAAAAUGCCUUGGACAACAAGCCUCCCUUGGCCGUGGAACAAAAUGAAAAUGAGAAGAGUGUUUGAGGCCCCAUGCCACAUCAGAAUGAACUCAACAUCCUAAGAAACCAAAUCUAAGGAAUCUACCCCACAGAAGCUAUCUGGAUUUAUUUUGCAGCUGGGAGAAAACUCACAACUGUCUACUAUUUCAGCAAGUUAGAAGCACUAGCUUUCUUUGGCCCUCUCGUUUAUUGUCAUCUUCCCUUCCUCGUGGAUUUCCUUUGGUUAGUUAUUGGUUCCACUGAAUCUCCAGCACUACCUGGUGUUAGUUCUAUCUAAAGUGAAACUGGAUCCCAGAGUCCUCCUCAAAAUAGUUGACAAAAACAAAAUAAUAUUUGCAUAGAUUACUCCCUUGUAGGAGGAGUUCUCUCAGCAUCAUUUAAAUAACAUGUUCUAGUAAAAAGGGGGGCUGCUGCUCUAAGUUGGGUUCUCUGGAAGAACAGAAAAUAUAGAAAGGCCUGCUAUCAUAGUGGAGAGUGGGAUUUCAAGUCCUUGAGAAUCAAGGAACAAUAUAGAUGGAGGUCAGUCUUUGUAAAGGCUUAAGGGAGCCCAUGCAAGGGAUUUUAUUGCUAAUCGAUUCCUUUGUUUAUUUAAAAUAUUUCUAUGCCCCCUUUCAAAAGAAAGUCCUCAAGGCAGAUUACAAUACAUUAUAACACACACACAACCAAAGCCCUUGGUCCUCAUCCAAGCCAAAGGGAAGCCACACAUGCUGUGGAGGGCCUUUCCUUUAACUAGCUGGUGCCACUGACAUCCUGUCUUAUUCAGGUCUGAGAAGCAGGGUCCAGAGCAAGUGUGUGACAAUUUUCUGUAAAACAUUGGGGCUGAAUUUCUAGGUAUCUCAGUAAUCUCAAUGGGACCAUCAUUUCACCAUCCUCCCUACAUUUAGGUUGGGACUCAGGAGAACACAGAUAUUGCUAUCAGCUUACAUGUCUAUCAGAAAUAUUGUUUGGAUUAAGAUCACAACCAACAGUUCUAAGAUAAUAUUUUGAUUUGAGGGCACUGUCAGUAGUCAGGAGCAACUAGACAAUAAAAAGGGCUGUUUUGCAUGGUGAACAGGAUCCAUGGAAUCACUCCUUUCUGAAGGGAGAUUGCUGCUUUGCUGUCUGCUCCACUAGUCAUACUGGGGACCCUUUUUCAUCACAUCACCUCCUCCACAUUAUAGCUGAAUUGUAACUUCACACAGGUUGUGCCUGUUGAAUUUGAGGACAAGAGGUCAUCAAUUUCAUCCACAGAGCAGAAGGAAGACAUUUCAGCAGCAGUCCAUAACUAAGGGUUUGAUUCAUGAAGCAAUGAUAUCAUAUUUUAUUUGUCAUAAGGAUUGCUACCUUGCCCUUCAGAUAAAUGAAGGUGACUUACAAUACAAGAAUCAAAUUCUUUUAACAGUGGAAUCCUAUGCAUUGAUUAAACUCCUCAGACCAACUCCCAGAUAGGAAUGGGGGAGAAAUUAGAUUCAGUUCACAUGUUAAUCAAUUUUAAUUUGCAUUUUUCAAAACAAUACACAAACCAAAACACAGCUAUUCUUUGAAAUUCUUACUUCACAGAAUUUUGCAAGACUGUUCUCCAAACAAAAAUAAGGGAAAGUGUGCAUAAAAUUCCAUAUAUUAGUGAAAAUCACAUAAAAUGCAUUAUAUUAGGAGACAUUGCUUGCAAAUAUAUAUAUAAUAUAAUAGCAAAAGGUGACUAGGCACUAAAAUGCUGAUGAAUUUUUGUCAUGACUUUAGCAAAAAAAAUUACAAAUGAUACAGAAAUCAGUGGUGAACUAGAGUAGCAAAAAAAACCUCAGUAAAACCUAAACUGACAAAUGUGUCCAGUCCUAUUUCUAGUAACUACAUACAGGAUUCCACCCUCAAACAUAUGCAACAAGUGUGAAAGCUCCUGGAGACUAAAUUUCCAAGGACCAGAGCUGCACAGAAUCACAGUCUCCCAACUUGCCUUAAUAGCUCUAUGUCAGACAGAUAACUGGAAAUGCUCAAGCCAUGUGUUUAGAGAUCUUUCUGGCUCAGAACUCAUUUUGAGCCCUGUUCCUUAGACUAGUGAUGGGCAUAAAAAUGCAGUGUUUUACACAAUACUGGACUAGUACUUGCCUUCAUUCCAUCCCAAACUUGAUGAUGAAGAGAAAUACAAGGGGGUUGGUUCUUUGUUUAAACUUGAUCUAUUGCUAACAUUUAUCCCCGUCCUUUUGAUAAACUUGAAUCCAGCCCAUAGAGAAUGAAAAGCAGAAGCAAGGGAUCUUUGCAGCUGUGAUCCAGAGAUCCAGCAUCUCUGCAAUUUUGAAUCAACCAGAACUUCUCUGGUUCAAAUACUUGUUACCUUAAGCAUUUAUCUGAAGAGUAACAAGAAUGGCUCUUCCUGCCAACAACACACAAAAAUAUCUUGGGAAGAAGAGGAAUUCCUGUCUCUUUUCAUGAUCAUCCCAAUCAUCAUUGUAGUCUUAUCCCUUUAUAUCCUAAAGUUCUGCCAUUAAAAUGGUUUGCCAAAUAUAAGCAAUCUCAGUUUCAUUUCAGAAUAAUUACUGAUCAUUCAGGUGAACUUGGCCCUUGCAUACUACUAACUCUUCAUUCUAAUGGUUUGAUUAAACUCAUUUUUCCUCCAGAAAGGUACAUAAAUAA